GCUCUGAGGAAAGAAGGUGACUGAAACGCUCGCUCGCAUAGAGGUGAACGACGCUGUCCUUGCUCUCUCUCUCUCUCUCUCUCAUCAAAUUCAAUUCUCUCUCUCUCUCUCUCUCUCUCACACACACACACAUCAAAUUCAAUUCUCUCUCGUAGGUCUUCGUCUUCGAUUCCAUUAUAGUAGCUGAUUUGUCUUUCAGCCAGAGAUUAUUUAAACUUCAAGACUUCUUAAAACCGACUAUUGCAUCUGUUCCAAAAUCCUCUGGACGCAAGAUGGACGAUGACCGGCAAUAUGAAAACGGUAGACAUAAGGUGGAAUACUAUAGAGGAGCACAUUCCCCUUGGAACGUGGAUCCCCAACAUCAAAUAAAGGAACAAAAUGCCCUAGUUAUGAAUAAAAAAAUCAGGUCCAUUAUGGCUGAGAGACAGGCUACCAUUCUGGAAAUUGAACUAGAGGCUGCUAUAUCUGAAAAGAAUGAAGCCUUGGCUGCUCGAGACGUUGCCCUUAGGCAGAGGGAUGAAGCGCUCGCCCAGAGGGAUAAUGCCCUGUUGGAACGGGAUAAUGCCCUUGCAGCCCUACAAUGUCGGAAUAGUUCUGCCAACUUUUCAUUCAACGGUGGAAAUCAUCGCGGAUCAAAGCGGAUGCACCGGUCUUCAAACCAUCAUCUAUCCAACAUGACAGAAGCAGCAUAUAACUCCACAGAUAUAAUCAUAAGAGAUGCCUCUCCAGUAACUGUUAUAACAUCAGAAGCCAUCGAGUCUCAUCUAACUAAGACAACAAAGGAUAAUUCCAAGGCAUCAAAAGCACCUACAAAAGUAAAGAAAAUGGGUGAGGAUUUAAAUAGGAAGGCUUAUUCUGAAGGUACAAAGAUCAAAUCUGAAUGGGACAGACAGGAUGUUGGCUUGAAUUUGAUUACUUUCGAUGAAACUGUCAUGCCUGUCCCAGUUUGCACGUGUACCGGAGCACCACGACAGUGCUACAAAUGGGGGAAUGGUGGAUGGCAAUCCUCUUGUUGUACUACUACACUGUCAAUGUAUCCACUACCACAGCUUCCAAACAAGCGCCAUGCUCGCAUCGGAGGGCGGAAAAUGAGCGGCAGUGUUUUUACAAGACUUCUCAGUAGGUUUGCAUCAGAAGGCCAUGAUUUAUCUAUACCAUUGGAUCUUAAGGAUUACUGGGCCAGACAUGGAACAAAUCGCUACAUUACCAUCAAGUAGCUUCUUAGAUUCAUUUGUUUCAAAUUAUGUAUUCCGAUUUAGACCGGCAAUCACCAGCUGUAAUUGAAACCAUGCCUUGGUAAGCAUGAUAUGCUAGAAUUUAGUUCAUGCAGGUGAGUUUUCAUUACAAGGAUAUUCUCCUUGCUUAGUUCUGGCUAGAGUCCACUUUUAUCCUUUUCAUGUGAUGGCUGUAAAGUAUGUGUAUGUAUGCACAUGUGACUUCAUGGUGGCACUCAUUUGGUUCCUGUAUUUUUGUUCCUUUUUGUGUACAUUACAAAUCCUUUGCUCA